GAGCCCCGCGGAACUGGCCAGACAAACAUGGAUCUCCGUAAAACGCUGAUUUCGGUGCUUUGGAUAUUAUUGCUGAAGUUAGAAGACGAUUGUCACGCCGAGGAAGUGGUGCUGCUGAAUUCUAAAGAGACUCAGGCGGAGCUGGGCUGGACGUCAUACCCCCCCAAUGGAUGGGAGGAGAUAAGCGGCGUGGAUGAGAAGUACAAGCCAAUCCGGACGUACCAGGUGUGCAACGUGAUGGAGCCCACGCAGCAGAACAACUGGCUGCAGACGGGCUGGGUGGCGCGCCGAGGUGGCCAGCGCAUUUUCGUGGAGCUCCAGUUCACGCUGCGCGACUGCAACAGCAUCCCCGGCGUGGCGGGCACCUGCAAGGAGACCUUCAACCUCCUCUACGUCGAGUCUGACAGGGACCUUGGAGGAGUGACCCGAGAGGACCGCUACACCAAGAUCGACACCAUCGCCGCCGACGAGAGCUUCACGCAGGGCGACCUGGGUGAGAGAAAGAUGAAGCUGAACACUGAGGUGCGUGAGAUCGGCCACCUCAACCGCAAGGGCUUCCACCUGGCCUUCCAGGACGUCGGCGCCUGCGUGGCCCUGGUGGCCGUGCGAGUGUACUACAAGCGCUGCCUUGCAACCGUCCAGAACCUGGCAGUGUUCCCCGACACGGUGGCCGAGGCGGCCUUCGCCACGCUGGUGGAGGUGCGCGGCAACUGCGUCAACAACUCUGAGGUUGACACAGACAGCCCUCCCAGGAUGCAUUGCAGCGCCGAGGGGGAAUGGCUGGUGCCCAUCGGGAAGUGCAGCUGCAGCGCCGGCUACGAGGAGGGACACAGCAGCUGUGAAGCGUGCCCCCCUGGCUCCUACAAGAUGUCCUCCAGGCAGCAGGAGUGCUUUCCCUGCCCUGCCAACAGUGUCGCGGAGGAGGAAGGCUCUGUGGUGUGUGUGUGUGAGGAGGACCACUUCAGGACCCCCCUGGACACGCCCUCAGCACCAUGCACAAGGCCCCCUUCACCACCGCGAGAUUUGGUCUACACCCUGAAGCAGUCCACGCUGAUCUUAGAGUGGGCCCCACCGUCCGACACAGGAGGCCGGGCUGAUCUGACCUACAGCGUGGGGUGCCGGAGGUGCGUCGGGAGGCAGUGCGAGCCGUGCGGGGCAAGUGUCGGCUUUGUGCCUCAGCAGGUGGGCCUGACGGAAAGAACGGUGACCGUGGUCAAUCUUCUCCCCAACACCAACUACACGUUCACUGUUGAAGCCUUGAACGGAGUGUCGGAGCUGCUUCCAAGCAAAAGAUUCUACACCCAGGUCAACGUGUCAACAAGCCUGCCGGCUCCAUCGCUGAUCAGUGAGCUGCGAGCAGAGAAGAUCGAGCAGAAGAGCAUCACCUUGGUGUGGAGGGAGCCGUCCUACCCGAACAGCAGCCGCACCGAAUAUGAAGUCAAAUACUACGAGAAGGAACAAAAGGAUCAGAGCUAUUCGACUGUGAAGACCGCCGCCACGCGGAUCAGUGUCAACAACCUCAAACCUGGCACCACAUACGUCUUCCUCAUCCGCCCUUUCUCCACGCCGGCCCCCUCCUCAUCCCUGUCCUCCCCCCCUCUCUCAUCCUCCUCGUCCUCUGCCUCCUCGUCCUCCUCUACUUCGUCCUCCUCUUCUUCAUUGUCCUCCUCUUCGUCUUCCUCCUCCUCCCCGCCGCCCAUCGACUACGGAGCGUACAGCGCUCCCCUGGAGCUGCAGACACUUGGCGAGUUGGCACUUGCGUCCAGCGAGCAGAGUCCAGUGGUGAUCAUCGUGGUCGUGUCCGUGGCCGCCCUGAUCAUGCUGCUCUCCAUGGGGGUCGGACUGCUGAUCUGGAGGAGACAAUGCGGCUACAGCAAAGCUUCUCAAGAGGGAGACGAGGAACUUUACUUCCAGUUUAAGAUCCCGACGCGGAGGACUUACAUUGACCCGGAGACCUGCGAGGACCUGCUGCAGGCCGUGCACGCCUUUGCUAAGGAGCUGGACAACUCGAGCAUCAAGAUAGAGAGAAUCGUGCACACAGGCGACUUCGGGGAGGUGUGUCGCGGCUGCCUCAAGCUGCCCAGUAAGAGAGAGCUGCCGGUGGCCAUAAAGACGUUAAGGGCCGGCUGCUCCGACAAACAGCGGCGCUCCUUUCUCAGCGAGGCCGGCAUCCUGGGCCAGUUUGACCACUCCAACAUCAUCCGGCUGGAGGGCGUCAUCACCACCGGUAACACCAUGAUGAUCAUAGUGGAGAGCAUGUCUAAUGGAUCCCUAGAUUCCUUCCUUAGGAAGCACGAGGGCCAGCUGAGUGUGAUGCAGCUGAUGGAUAUGCUGACUGGGGUGGCAUCAGGGAUGAAGUACCUCACUGAAAUGGGCUUCGUCCACAAACGGCUCGCCGCACACAAGGUGCUGGUUAACUCCAACCUGGGCUGCAAGGUGUCUGGCUUCAGACCUCUUCAGGAGGACAAGAUCGAGGCCAUCUACACCACACUGCACGGAGGCAAGAGUGUGGUGCUGUGGACCGCUCCGGAGGCCAUCCAGUACCACCGCUUCUCCUCGGCCUCAGAUGUCUGGAGCUUCGGCAUCGUCAUGUGGGAGGUCAUGUCCUAUGGAGAGAGACCCUACUGGGACAUGGGCAACCAGGAUGUGAUCAAGGCCAUCGAGGACGGUUUCAGGCUGCCGGCUCCGGUUAACUGCCCUCCACAUCUCCAUCAGCUGAUGCUGGACUGCUGGCAGAAGGAGAGGACGGAGAGGCCCACCUUCAGCCAGAUCCACUCGGCCCUCAGCAAGAGCAUUCGCUCCCCUGAUGGCAUCGGUUCCUCCACACUGGCACGCAGAACCCUGAGUUCAUCCAUCACGCUAGCAGAGAGGCCCCUCCCCUCCUUCCCAUCCUUUAACUCAGUGGGAGAGUGGCUGGACGCGGUGGACAUGGGCCGAUACAAGGACAACUUCACUGCAGCAGGAUACUGCUACCUGGAGUCUGUGGCACGAAUGACUGUACAAGAUGUACUGAGCCUCGGCAUCACUUCCCUUGAGCACCAGAAGCUGAUCCUGGCUGCCAUCCAGACCCUCAGAGCCCAGGUCAUCCAAAUGCACGGCCGCGGCGUGCAGGUCUGA